UCAUUCAUUCACUCAUUCAUUCAUUGUUUCAUCUAUUUCUCUAAUCAACAAUGGCAAGAACUUAUCUCUAUUCCUGCUUCGCCGUCCUCUUCGUCUCGGGGGCCCUCCUGGACAUAGUUUCGCCCACGUUCUUACCGAACAUCGAAGAGCCGAAGACAGUGAAGGAUGUGGAGCCUUACACUGUCAAAGUAGUGAUGUCAUUCGCUUUCAACCUCGAGAAAGAAUGUCCGAAAACUCAAGAGUUCAAAGAGUUCUUCCUGAGGCUCAAGGCUUUCUCCAAAUACGUCUGCCCCAUCUCUCAGGUUCUCAGACGGAGAGGCUCUAAGGAUAUUGAGUUUGACAUGAAAGCCAAGGCUGGUAGCCUCUUCCAGGCCAUUUCUUCAUUCGCUGCACGUAAAAGCGAAUCAAGAGAGGCGGAGAUGGCCCUGAAAAGCGAACAAAGAGAAGCCAUGAACGUCGUUGGCUCGGUCCAAUCCAUCGCUAGUAAGUUCCUGAACAGACGUAAGGAGGCCAAGAUCGAUGAAUCCAUGGAACUAACUGAAGAGCAAAAGCAAGCAGUCAAAGACAGGAUCAUCAAAUGGGAACAAGUCAUUACCCGUGUCGUUAAGACAAUGGUACAGAGCAGCUCACAAUCUUCAUCUCAGUCUCAAAGCAGCCACAGUUCUUCUGUCAACGUCAACGGAGGCAGUGAAGCUUCCAUGAAUGCAGAGAAAGGAGACGAAAAAACUUCCGGGAAGGCUCAGACGACAGAGACACCGAGAGGAAGCGCAAAUUCCGCGAAAAAAGAAUCAUCAAAAGCCGAUUCCUCGAAAGAUGCAUCGGUCGAGGUUAAUGGAGACAAAGAUUCUGCUAAAGAUAAGACAACAGAUAACAAAGGAGGUGUCGAAGGAUCCUCCAAUGGUAACAACACACUUGAUACUAAAGGAAGUGGUGAGGCCGUUGCUGCCGAAAGUAGCAAAACGGAGAGUAAAGAAAGUGCCUCAAGCAUUGAUGGUAACACUUCCGACCAAGUGAUGGGAUUCAUCAUAAACCUCGAGAAGAAGUGCCCGCAGACUGAGGAGUUCAAGUCCUUUUUCGAGAAGAUGAAGGUUUACAUGAAAUACGCAUGUUCCAUCUCCUCAACGGCUGCCAAGAAAAACCCUCGAUCCUACAUGUCUGAGAUGAUAACCAUAGCCUCAAAACUCUCUAAUGCCAUGCAACUCGUCCAAUCCAGGAUGAGCAAAUCACAAGAGACGAAGAACGCCAUGCAGAGCUAUCAAGAAGAGAUGAUGAAGACUCUGAACGCAUUGCAAGAAGUCACCAAAAAUGUGGUGAAGGAGAACGAGAGCAAGCAAGAGGGAGCGGUCACUGUUACACAAACCCAACAGAAAGUGUUCAAGGAGACAAUCACAAGGUGGGAACAAGUGACCACCCAAUUCGUGGAAACGGCCGUGGAGAGUGAGGCGCAAUCUUCCACCAAGACUCAGUCUUCCUCUCAGUGACUCACUCAACAGAAAGGCCGAUGGCCGAUGAGGAGUGCUGCUAGCUAAUUUCAUUCACUAAUCGCCAAGAACGACGUACCAACACUAUAUUAUAUAUAUAUAUAGUCCAUAGAAUUUAAUUUUCAGAUGUAAAUAAAACUCGAAUCGGCUAUAGGUUACUAUAUAGACCUUUGUGCCGAUUAGCGCCGGUAAUAACACUGUAUACAAACAUACAGUUUGUAUGUAAAUCUAUGCGGGGCGAAGAAAAAAGCUCAUGCAUUUAUAGAGAAAUGAGACCCAUUGACGGGAUUUUUGUUUAUC